CGGGCAGGGAGGAGGCGGCUCCGGGACCCGCGGUGCCGCCCGCCUGUCACAGCGCCCGGGCCGCCCAGCGCCGCCAGCAGCCGGCUGGAGCGGGGAGGAAGCGGCAGCAGCAGCAGCGAUGGCGCGGCUGGUGGCGGUGUGCCGGGACGGCGAGGAGGAGUUCCCCUUCGAGAAGAGGCAGAUCCCCCUCUACAUCGAUGACACCCUCACGAUGGUGAUGGAAUUUCCUGAUAAUGUGCUGAACCUCGAUGGACAUCAGAAUAACAGUACACAGUUGAAACAGUUCAUCCAGAGGCACAGCAUGCUGAAGCAGCAGGACCUGAACAUUGCCAUGAUGGUGACGUCGCGGGAGGUGCUGAGCGCGCUGUCGCAGCUGGUGCCGUGCGUGGGCUGCCGGCGCAGCGUGGAGCGCCUCUUCUCCCAGCUCGUGGAGUCAGGGAACCCUGCCCUGGAGCCCCUCACCGUGGGGCCCAAGGGGGUGCUCUCAGUCACCCGCAGCUGCAUGACUGAUGCCAAGAAGCUUUACACGCUCUUCUACGUGCAUGGGUCCAAACUGAAUGACAUGAUUGAUGCAAUUCCCAAAAGUAAGAAGAACAAGAGGUGUCAGCUACACUCCCUGGACACACACAAACCAAAACCUUUGGGGUCUGAAAAAUGUUUGGUAAUACUGUGUGACAAUGAAAGGAGCAGUAGCAGACUCAGUUCAAAGAAAUUAAGAGCAGUUAAGAAAAGUAGAGAAGACAGGAAGAGGAAGAACAAGUGUAGCAUCAUUUUCUGCUAUGGACUUUCCCAGGGAGCAGUCAGGGGUUGCUGGAUGGAUGUGUGGGAGCUCAUGUCCCAGGAGUGCAGGGAUGAAGUGGUUCUGAUCGACUCCAGCUGCCUCCUAGAAACGUUAGAAACCUACCUACGAAAACACAGAUUUUGCACCGACUGCAAGAACAAAGUGCUGCGUGCCUACAACAUCCUGAUUGGGGAGCUGGACUGCAGCAAGGAGAAGGGCUACUGUGCUGCCCUGUACGAGGGGCUGCGCUGCUGCCCCCACGAGCGCCACAUCCACGUGUGCUGCGAGACCGACUUCAUCGCGCACCUCUUGGGCCGGGCCGAGCCCGAGUUCGCAGGAGGGUAUGAACGGAGAGAGAGGCACGCCAAGACAAUAGACAUAGCCCAGGAGGAGGUUCUCACCUGCCUGGGCAUCCACCUCUACGAGAGGUUGCACCGGAUCUGGCAGAAGCUGAGGGCUGAGGAGCAGACGUGGCAGAUGCUCUUUUACCUGGGGGUCGAUGCUUUACGCAAGAGCUUUGAGAUGGCUGUGGAAAAAGUGCAGGGCAUUAGUCGAUUGGAGCAGCUCUGUGAAGAGUUUUCAGAAGAAGAGAGAGUGAGAGAGCUUAAACAAGAGAAGAAACGCCAAAAGCGGAAGAACAGACGGAAAAAUAAAUGUGUGUGUGAGAUCCCUGCUCCUCUGCAGGCAGCAGAAGAGAAGGAAAUCAAUCAGGCAAAGGAGAACUCAAACUUCACGGAAAGCAGCUGCAAAGCCUGUGGUAGCACCGAAGAAGCCAACAACUGUGUAGAAGUAAUUGUUACUAAUGAAAGCACUUCUUGCACUUGUCCUAGUAGUGGUACCCUAUUAGGCUCACCUAAAAUCAAGAAAGGUUUAUCUCCACACUGUACUGGCAGCGACUGUGGCUACUCCUCGAGCAUGGAGGGCAGCGAAACGGGGUCCCGGGAGGGCUCGGACGUGGCCUGCACUGAGGGCAUCUGCAACCAUGAUGAAAAUGGGGACGAUGCCUGCGUCCAUCGCUGCGACGACAAGGAGGAGGAUGGAGAUAGCUGUGUGGAGUGCUGGGCUAAUGCAGAGGAGAGUAACAUAAAAGGCAAAAACAAAAAGAAGAAAAAGAAAAGUAAAGCUUUGAAGUGUGAGAAUGACCACAUUCAGAAACUUGGGAGCUGUCUGGCAGAUGCAGGUAGCAGAGAGACCUCAGGAAAUCUCACGCACACAGAGUUUCACCGCGACAAGACCAAAGACACACACGCUGAGAGCUGCUGUAGCGCAGACAAAAGCGGCCAGCAGUUGCCUUGGUUUGAGCAUAUGAAAAAUGUGUCACAGUUUGCAGAACCUACAGAAAUGUCACUUGUCCCUGAUACUGGAAAAGGUGCCAAAAGCUUAGUGGAACUCCUUGAUGAGUCAGAGUGCACUUCUGAUGAGGAACUGUUCAUCUCCCAGGAUGAAAUCCAAUCAUUCAUGGCAAACAACAAGUCUUUCUACAGCAACCGGGAGCAGUACCGGCAGCACCUGAAGGAGAAGUUCAACAAGUACUGUCGCCUCAACGAUCACAAGGGGCCCGUCUGCAACAGCUGGCUGGCAACAGCUGGAGCCAACUGAACCCAAUCCAACUCUGUCUGUCACUGAAACUCGAGAUGACUACUGCGCCUUCUCCUUCCAAACUUAAUUUAGUGACUUACGGCAAAAUUUUAUCUUAAAUUAAUGUGAUUCUUUUUUUUUUUUUCUUGUUUUUUUUUUUUUUUCAGGGGGAGGCUGGUGGAGGUGAUUUCCUUAAUUUUGUUCUUUCUCCAGGCUUGUAAUCUUUAGUUGAGUAGCUGUGCAAGCCUCUCUUCUAAUUUAAGCCAUCUCUUUUCAUUCAAUGUUUCUCUUCCUGUGAGACUUACAAAAAGCAAACUAGUGGCAAAGUAAUGUUGUACCUAUAAUUCUGUACAGAAUGACAAGGAGCUGAAUAUAAGAUUUUACAAAGUAGACAUCCAUUUGCAAAAUGUUUUGGAUGUAAUAUGUUAAAGCGCAAUGUGCAAAAAUUUAAAUAAAGAAUAUUUAUUAAUAUGCAUAGUAAA